CGGCAUGCACGAUGUGUAGUUUAACAGCUGCUCGAUGUGUAUACUGCGAUAGCGUCGUUGACUGCUUCCUCGCGUAUUGUUGCUCGCGUUCUAUCGUUCUUAACACUUUCCUCGUGUUGUUCGUUGUGGAAGUGCUGCUGCUGCUGCGAUUAUGGGAUUGUUCAGUUCGGUUUCACUUAGCGCACUUAGUUUCACACUUUCUUGUGCACUAUUCUGAUUAGUAUUCCGGUUCGGUAUUUAUGUGUCACUGCAUGUGUAAUUGUUGUUGCUUUUAAUUCACAUUUGAUUUCAUUUUUAGCACUGUAUUGGUGAUGUUUCGGGAUAUUCAUGCAGUUUCGGAUGAACCGUAUGAAAAAGCAAUUCGGAAGAUCACAAAAUGUACAAUCAAAGUACAACCAAUUGAUGUCUGAAAACUUGACGAGUCAUCGGUCUACACCUUCUCCAAUCCCAGGAUCAUCAACAUCACAGUUGUCGCCCAAGCACCACCAUACCAAGCACAUCAAGAGUAAGGUGUUCGAAACUCUGUUGCGCAACGAACAUCUAGAUCACGCAACGUUUCAAUUCAAAGAACACUGGAGUCACGAGCUUCUGAGGCUCAACGAUGACACCGUCCACGAGUUCGUACAUUAUCCCGCCAGGCACGUUUAGAUCAACGCAUGUUUCAAUCAUUAGAUUGCUUUGAAAAUGUGUGCAAAAAAAUGGAUGAACAACAUCCUUAUUCAGGAUUUCUUGAA